AUGAUUAACGAUAAAUUGGUAUAUUUCUUGAUCCAGAAUUAUGAUGAUAUCCUGAGAGCGCCGCUGUCUGGACAACUCAAAGACGUGUAUUCACUAUAUUCUAGUGGCGGUUAUGAUAAUUUCGUGGAGGAAUUAAGUAAUGGUCAGAAAUUAUUGCAUUUUGAAGAGUUUUGGAAUGACCUUCAAGACAUUAUAUUCGCAACGCCAAAAUCCAUCCAGUUCGAGCAGAAUCUACUGGUGGCAGAAGGGCCUGAAAAGAUUGUUUUCUUGGAUACUUUUUCCCUUAAAAUCCUCUAUAAUAAAUUUCACCCUUUUCACUAUGCAUUGAAAUUGCCCAGUUCUUCAUUUGAUGAAAAAGUGUCGAAUGCAAGGACAACACAGAUAGAUUCGAAUGAAAAUCAGCUGCUAGGUAGGCUAUUCGAUGUGUUAAACUGGGACGAAAACGUUACUAACCAGGGAUUACCGCGUGAACAACUGAGCAAUCGCUUACAGGAUUUAUUACGGGAUAAACCAUCUUCUUUCCAGCUCGCUAAAGAAAGGGCUAAGUACACGACCAAAGUCAUUGAGUACAUUCCCAUAUGUAGCGAACACUCACAUGCGUCGCUACUGUCCACUUCAGUCUACAUUGUCAAUAACAAAAUCGUUUCGUUACAAUGGUCGAAAAUAUCGGCAUGCCAAGAGAAUCAUCCAGGUUUUAUUGAAUGUAUUCAAUCAAAAAUUCAUUUCAUUCCCAAUAUCAAACCGCAAACUGAUAUCUCUUUAGGAGACUGUUCGUAUUUGGACACCUGCCACAAAUUGAAUACGUGUCGGUACGUUCAUUAUCUGCAAUAUAUUCCAUCAUGUUUACAAGAGCGUGCUGAUCUUGACAUUGCGGCCCAAAACAAAGAAAUAGAGUCGAAUGUCCCUAUACCAUUCUAUACUCUAGGAAAUUGCUCUGCACAUUCGAUCAAGAAGGCUUUACCUGCACAGUGGAUUCGUUGCGAUGUUCGAAAGUUCGAUUUUAAAAUCCUGGGGAAAUUCUCCGUAGUCAUUGCAGACCCUGCAUGGAAUAUCCACAUGAAUCUGCCAUACGGCACCUGCAAUGAUAUUGAGCUCCUAGGCUUGCCCUUACAUGAAUUGCAAGACGAAGGAAUUAUUUUUCUAUGGGUGACAGGUAGAGCUAUCGAAUUGGGAAAGGAGUCCUUGAAUAACUGGGGGUACAACGUAAUAAACGAAGUCUCGUGGAUAAAAACAAACCAAUUGGGUAGGACAAUUGUUACAGGUCGUACGGGGCAUUGGCUGAAUCAUUCUAAGGAGCAUUUAUUGGUAGGCUUGAAAGGCUCCCCGAAAUGGAUCAACAAGCAUAUCGACAUCGAUCUGAUUGUAUCAAUGACCAGAGAGACCAGCAGGAAGCCUGAUGAAUUGUACGGUAUAGCUGAACGGUUGGCGGGGACACAUGCCAGGAAAUUGGAGAUAUUUGGAAGGGAUCACAAUACUCGACCAGGCUGGUUUACCAUUGGGAACCAACUUACAGGAAAUUGCAUAUAUGAAAUGGAUGUUGAAAGGAAGUACCAGGACUUCAUGAAAAACCAUAACAGCAGCGGCAAUAACAGUAGCAGAAAGAGCGACAAAAAGUCCAACUCAAAAAUACAGCAGCAGCAUCAGCAGCAGCAGCAGCAUCAGUAUUGGAAUAAUAUGGGCAACAGUAAGUAUUAUACGAACAAUAAGCAGAAUAUUAUCAACAAAAAGCAAACUGCCUUUGACUCCAAACACCAACAACAACACCAACAACAACAAUUUCAAACACUAAAUAACCUAUAUUUUGCUCAGUAA